ACGGUGCGCGCGCUGCUGCCGGGGAUACUCGUGCAUUCAGUGCAGCUAAGCCCCGCCCCCGCGCCCCCCUCCUCCCUCACCGCCCACGUUCUCCUCGCCGAGCCUGACGUCAUCGAGAACUGGACGGGCAAGAACAGCAGCAACGUCCGGGGUCCCCCGCGUAUCCCCCACACCCUCACCCUACGGGGGCACCAGAUGAGCGUCACUCCCUCCAGCACCGACAACCUGCUGUGCGUCACUAGCCUGCCACUAGACACUAGUGACGAGCAGUUCAACCAACUAGUUACUAGUGUCGCCGGGCCUCUCACCUACGCCUUCCUCAUGCGCUCCGAGACCACUGGGGCUAGUAAGGGGUACGGACUAGUGCUCUACCAAUCACGGGACGCGGCGCUACAAGCUCGCUCGCUAUUGGACGGUCGCAGCUACGGCGGUUGUGUGCUGAGCUGUGAUUGGCUGGAGCCCAACAUCGUGACGUUUUCAUCCCUCCAUUCCUGUUGCGUCGUCGUCGACAAUUUGCCCAAGGACUAUAGGGAGCUUGGCGAGUUUAGGAAGAUCUUCAGCAGAGUCGCCAACCCGCCAUACUGCCAGCUUGCCCUGACGGCCGGGGGAAGUCAGCAGUGGGGGCUGAUAGAGUGGGGGCGGUGGGAGGAGGCCGAGGCCACGGUAGAGGCGCUGCAGGGGCGCCUCAUCCACGGCCGCCCCGCGCGCCUGCGCUACGCCGCGCCUGGCAAGCGCGCCAUCAACCUCUACAGCAAACUGCUUAAUGAUCGCCGGGUGACUGGCUCCGCCCCCACGGCGGCGCUGUUGCCAGAGCCUCCCGUCAACAAGGUGUUCUCCCAGCUGCACAACCUGACCAAGAGCAACCCCGCCUGUGGGGAUAAUGUACGUACCCUCCUUGCGGUUCUCAUGGCCGCCUUCACGCGUCCCCGCGGGGGACCCAAUGACCCCUCCGUGAGCAGCGUACUCAAUGACCCCCAGCUCGUCACCUCUAUAACCAACAUCAUCAACGGCAGCAACAACAACAGCAACAAUGAAGAUAAGAACAGCAAUGGCACCGCGAAGGGAAACGGCCUUUUGCCCACACCUGAUUCAGCAAGCAAGGGGGAAAGUGACCUUAGCAAUGCCGUUCAAACGGAACAGACGAACAUUGUUCCUGCUCUAAGUGGCCUUUUGGACUCUGUUGGCGUUGUCAGCAACAGUGGUGGAGGCGGUACAAGUAACAGUUCCAAUGGAGUUCAUGCUACUGAAAAGAGCCCAAGCUGCGGAGUAGACGCCAUUCUGAACGAUACCGCGGGCUUGCAAAGAUUAUUGGGAGUUCUUGACGCUCCCUCUGGAGGUUCUCCGUCUCUUUCUGGAUCCCAUACUGCCUUGCCCAGCGUUCCCGCCCAAAAUGGGAUUCAUAAUGGCCUUACCCCCCAAAUGGGAGGGAUUCCCGCUGGGUAUGGGUCAACCCCCGUACCUGUAUCGAGCGCGUAUGUGGGCGUUGCUACUUCGGCAGCUUCAGUCCCUCCUAACGGGAUUGGCGCUUCUGCUUAUUCUCCACUCGGAGGUUUGGUGCACCCGCACUUGUCUCCAGCCAUGGACAUGUAUGGGUUGGCAUCUCAUCCCCUUCUUCCUCAUUUGUACCCCCCGCAACCGCCCCCAACUGCUGUGUACCCGCCACAUUCCACUACGAUGUCGAUGUUACUAAACGCUGCCAACGCAUCAAAGCAACAUCAGGACCAAAUGUUAUUACCACCUGCUGGUCACCAACUGAUGCAACAACAGGGGACCAUGGAUCAUUCGUAUCUCUUGCACCAGCUUUCUUCAACUCACGCCGGUGGUUCCCUUGCACCUGUUCUCUCUUUCGCCACAGCGGGAGGGCUUGGCUCUGCAGUUUCCUUAGUACAAUCUAACGCGCUUGCUUCAGCUGGAACACUUGGAGCCGCUGGUGACCAUCUAUCAGCGAGCCACAGGUUCAUGACACCAUCUUUGUACCAACUGACCCCAGCACGGUCCAUAGCUUCGCCAGGUGGUUAUGGCACGCCAGGACUCAUGUCGUACGCCGCAGCUAGUGCGCCAGGAAUUCCCACGGCUUCGCCUGCAGUGGACGGCACCUGGGGAAGUUACAACACCCCCCUUAAGAGGAAGAGCAGUGGCGGACGGAUGCUCCCAAGUCCAGAACCCUCCCCUGAAGGUGGGUACGUGGGGCAGCACUCGCAGGGCAUCGGAGGACAUUACCAGAGCUCGUACCUCAACCGCAAGCGCUCGCGCAGAAACUGAGCCACGUGCCGCACCUUCUUUUGCACCACAGGGGCCUUCUUCAGAAUCGUCUAGCCCUUCUGUGGUCUUGAGAACCCUAUUUAGGUUUUCCCUUACUCGUCAUUAUCGUUAUUUGGGCAGCUUAUUGACCAGCCGGGCCUUUUUUGGACAGCAUAUGGGCUAUUACUGAUCCUAUAAAGAACCAUCACUAGACUUACUGGUAGGUUCUCCCUGCCACCUUGUGAUGAAUUUUUUGACCAGAAGUGCAGCUUUGAUCUCGAAGGCGUUUUUUGAUAGCCCCUUCCUUUUCCCUCUUCGGUCCCAUCUCUUCCUCCCUUACGAAAUUGCUUGAUGAACUUAGCGGCAAGUAUAAAGUUUGUGAUGUUAUCUAGGGGGCUAGGACCUCCUGCUAGCCAUUUGCUGAGGGCAUUUGUACUUACUGAAUGAUCUGUCAAGUUCACUUUUAGGAAAACAUUACUUGAGACAAAGUUACUUAUUAUAUACACAUAUCUUUUAAAUAAGAGCUGCAGCUUCUGACUCAUAGGGCAGUUCUACGUGAAUAUUGAGUGAAUAACGUUUACGGUUGAGGUGUGAAUGUGGUUCUAUGGAUAAAUGAGUUGUCAUCCACGCCCUUUUCGUAAUUUACGAAUGCGAGUAGAUUAAUUAUUCUUGUCUACGAUGGAUUUAUUCAAGAUUUUUCUAGAUUCUACCUAGUGAUCGACGAAGCAGCUUAGUAUUUUCAAAUUUAGGUAGACUCCACUCGUUAUCUACUUGAUACGUAGAUUUUUAUUAGCCUUUCUACUUAAAGUUGACGUAGACCAAGGUAGACCUUGUUGCCGUUGCGCGGUCAUUCGUUAAGUGCCUGAGUAGAUCAUCCCGGUGGUGUGGGAUGCAAGAGGAGUCGUUGGAAUGUGGGGUGCAAAGACGACCCUUGGGUUUGGGAUGCAGCUAGAGGCGUCCUGGGGAUGUGGGGUGCCGGGACGACAUGGUAAAGUAUAGGGUGUAAAGCCGCGGUGUUUAUGCAAGUUCUUCUUAAAAUCUUUGGGGUGGUGCAGGGAUGUCCUGCGGGUUGUGAAUUUCUGGUGCGUCCUGGUGAUGUUCGUGUGCAAGGACGUCCAAUGAGUCCUUGAGUUUAACGUGUAGACGCACAUUGGUUAUGCAAUUUUUUAUAUAUACCUCCUUAAAACAUGAAUCCCUUACCUCAACCCCCCACUUCUCCUAGCGAUGGUCCAAGUUAUCCUGUUUAGUUGCUUGAUUUAACCCAUAGUUCUUCUUGUUAAGAAAUAAGGGAAACCUCAUACUAGAGAUUGUGCGUGAAUACCUACCACCUUUCUUGUUUUCUGUCGUCCUCUAUUGUGCUCCACGGCACAAAAAAAUUCAUUAUGCGCAAUUUAUCUUAAGGAAGUGCUAGUGUGAAAAAUAGCCAAAGUUUCUGACAUUUUUCUUUUUUCAUUAAAAUGGAGGUCCGCUGCGGCAUUUGGAUCAUUCCCUUUUGUUUUCUGUGUUGCACGUGACAAAUUUCUUGUGUGAACGUCAUUUUUAUUUUGAAAUCUGUCUUUUCGGUGUUGGACGCCAUCUUUUUAUGUUGGACGCCAUCUUGUUUAUGUUGGACACCAUUUUGUUAUGUUGGACGCCAUGUUGUUUAUGUGAUGGAGAAUAAUAUCUAUGCUGGCAUAUCGCGCAUGUAUGUUACCUAACGUACCAAGAUAUAACGUGUUGGUGUUGUGUCAACCUAGUAUACUAACUAGUAGGUGCAUUGAGAGCUAUAUCAAUAUUGUAACGUAUACACCAAUUUGUAUAGUGCUACGAGGUAUAUACAUCGAAAUAUAAUUGGGGAUAUCAUGUUAACAUUGAGGAAUUGGGCGAGAAACAAAGGCUAUGAAGAUUGCCAACUUUGCAGUAGGGUUACGCGAUAUGGGAAAGGGAUCGGAGGGAUUAUCCUCUUCGUGAUCACUUUAAAAAGGUAACAAUCUGCAGUCAAGGGAAUGUAUUUUGAAAUAAAUGUCUCCCCUUGAAACCCCCUUUGCUGCUGGUGGUUACUCAGAGGACAACGUGAAUUCAUUUCAUCGUGUUUUUUUUUGCUUAAAGAAACAUAUCGCUAAAACUGAAUAAUUUUUCCAUGUUAUGUUUCCAAGGGGUAUAUUUCCAAUCUAGGGUGAAGUAAGUUUUCAGAAUAAGGUACAAGGGAUGGGUGGGUGGUACAUCCUUUACGUUAACACGUUAUAGUCACAAUAUAAUAUAAAUUUGAGUCUUAUAAUUUCACAGAACUACCGUAUUCCCAUAUCAUUGAAACUGGCAUUAAAACUAUUAUGAAUAGACUAUAGGAACGGAAAGUGUUUUACUUGAUUUAUUUUAGCUAAAGUUGAUAUGGAUAAUAAUUGAAGGACCUCUGGCUACCACCGCGGAUAAGUGAGCUUGAGCAGUGUCUAUAAAUUUAUCUAUAAAUUUAUUGAUCAAUUAACAUGAUUCUUGCAUUAGUCAUAGACGAAUUAAAAGUUUGCUACUCUCGUGCCCUUCCUCGUGUCUACAUCUUUAUAAAAUUCUGUUCUUCAUGUCUUGGGUGCCAACUUGUUUUUACAGCGUCUUGGACGUCAUCUUGUUUUGAGUUUGUGCGCCUAUGACCUCUUCGAGUCGCUUUUUCUGUUCAAUUUACAACGUUAAUUAAAAUUUGUUUCUUGGGAGAUGCCCAGACCGUCUGUUUCCUUGUGUGUACGUAUGUGGGAUGCACAUACGCUCUUCUUUGUGUACGUAAUCCGAUUUUAAUUUGUAUUAAACCACUUCCUGCGAAGGUGUAUGAUCUGCAGAAUUAGGUUUUACAUAUGACCUUAUAGGUCACUUAUAUAACUGGCUUUUACUUGCCUUGUAGAUACUCCUCAUCUACUUAAUUAUUGGAAUUAAAUUCUUCAUCUUCUCGUUCUCCUUCUCUUUUUUGAAUCUCUUGCUAUACUUGAAUUUUUAGAAAUGUUUUAGCUUAGAUUUUUGCACUAGUUUUAGCGUUUGAAUUAAUUUACUUUUUUUACUGUCUUCUUAAGUUUCUUAACUGAAAAUACAGAAUCUAAACUAAAGUACCCAAUUGUGUACUGCAUUAACUGAUUUGUUUGAUUCUUUGUAUAAUGAUUAUACGAUUUUUGUCAUGAUCCUCUAAUUCCGGGGCAGCCAUCUUGUGUGUAUUGCCGCCAUCUUGUAUGUGCUGCCUCCAUCUUGUCGUCGUUUUUCCAACGCAAUGGGGGUGUUACUGUUUUGAAAUUUUCUUCAUUUAUCCUGUAUCAUCUUGCUUCAUAAUUUCUCUCACCCUUCUAUUACAUUUCACCAUAAGUUCCAACUCCAACCUAACGCACACCAUUUUAAGCGUAGAAAGUUGUGACGUCGUCAGCUCCCGGACUUCCAUCAGAAGAUCGAUCUUUCUUCUUUAAUUAUUUGUAAGGCAUUACUAAACUAUUGUGACGGCAUAGGACCAGUAGGUAUAAGUGUGCUAGUUAUAAGAAGGUAAUAUUAUCAUGUUAUUAUCACCUACAGGACUCUGGACGGCAUUGUAACCUAAGCUUUUUAAUGACCCUUUAUGGUUUAUGAUCUUAUAACAAUAAUUGUAUGUGCGCUACUUAUACUCGAACAAAUACUGAACAAAUACUUUAUAAUCUCAUUUAUAUUGUAUCUGCGUCUCAAAAAUAUCGCGUGGAAGUCAAUGAUUCAAUUGGCGUAGGGAAAAGUUCAAUUUCUCGUUAUAAGCACUUCAUUGUGAAAUUCUAAUUAGAUUAGAUAGCGUUUACCUUUCUAAUUACUCUACUUUUUACUUGUUUAGCUUUGUAAUUACAAGACUAUCUACAACAAUGUAUAAUUCCCAUCUAUCUAAUUUGUACUAAAAGACCUGUACUCGGGGUGAUUGGGGAAGUGUUAUUCGCCACCACCUUGUUUGGUGCUCUCGACGCCAUCUUGUCUGGUGCUCCGACGCCAUCUUGUUUCUAGCGAGCGACGUUUAUUUUCAAAAUACAAUUUUCAUUAAUGUCCACCCUGCGUCAUCUCGUUCCUUGUGCUCGCAUUUAUCGUGUUUUUAGUAAAUGAUACUAUUUUCCUUAUCGUGUUUUACGUAAAUGACGCUGUUUUCCUUCAUUUUAUCUAAUUAAACGUCAUUUUGAUGCCGUGGAAGGUGCGUCUUCGACACCAUCAGUCGCCAUGGCGUGUCUUGUGAUUGUAUAGACGAAUUGUUAGUAGAUAAUUGAGACUGAUACCAUUCUGGAAGCCUCAUCUAUACUAUAUAGUGACUUACUAUAUCCUGGUACCACCUUGUUCCUAUAGUGGCCUAUACGCUACCUAUCUUCCAACACUAUAUGCAUCAACCUAUAGCGCCCUAUCUACUUCCACCGGCGACAUCUUGUUUCUAAAGACAGAUGUUAUCUUCCUGUUCUAUUUAACCCUGGAUGAGGUCAGCCUCGCGCCAUCUUUUUUCUAUAGGGACUAAAUCUAUAUUUUACUACUGCAUCGACAAGUUUAGGUCUCUUUUUAUGGACAUUAAUCCCUCGCGUUGCCUUGCUGACCACAGUCCUCUCGACCAAUCAGAGCUUCCCUCUCAAGCACCUUUGGAAGAAUAUUGUCUUCUUAAUUGUUGUUAUUGUUGCCGUCUUCAGUUGCAAUGCAGAAACUUGAGGCGAAUAAAAAAUAAAAUUAU